UUUAACAUGCAACUAUAUUUACAACGCAUAAGAUAUCCAAACAUAUCAAUAUAUUUGUAUUUUGAGAGUUUUUAUUUUCAUUAUAUAAUUUAAACUAACCUGAAUUUAAAGCCGAUUCCAUACCUUUCUCUCCUGGUCUCAAUUUGAAGCCGAAGCAGACAGGCUGCUAAUGGACAAAACCCAACAAGAAAUUGCACUGACCCAGCUGAGGAAAUCAGUUCAAAAGCUUGGUUCUUCCACUGAUGUACAUACCUUUCACAUAAUGCACCAAGUCUAAUACACACGUAUGGGGACCCAACACUGAUGAGGUUCUUGAUUUCAAGAUCAAUGGACCCAGCAAAGGCAGCAAAGUUGUUUGUAGAGUGGCAGAAAUGGAGGGCUUCAUUUGUGCCAAACGGGUCUAUCCCAGAUUCCGAAGUUGAAGAUGAACUGGGACCAAGAAAGGUCUUUUUGCAUGGUUUGUCAAAGGAUGGAUAUCCAGUAUUACUCGUCAAAGCAAACAAGCAUUUUCCUUCCAAGGAUCGGCUCCAAUUUAAGAAGUUCGUUGUUCAUUUGCUAGACAAGACUAUUGCAAGCUCAUUCAAAGGAAGAGAAAUAGGAAAUGAGAAGUUGAUUGCCAUCCUUGAUCUGCAGCAUAUUUCAUACAAGAACAUUGAUGCUCGUGGAAUGAUCACUGGAUUUCAACUUUUGCAGUCUUACUAUCCAGAUCGUUUGGCGAAGUGCUUCAUUUUAAGCAUGCCAUGGUUCUUUGUUAGUUUUUGGAGGAUGAUUUCUCGCUUCCUCGAGAAGGGCACAUUGGAAAAGAUUGUGAUAGUAACCAACGACGAAGAAAGAAAAUGUUUUGUAAAGGAGAUUGGUGAAGAAGUCUUGCCAGAAGAGCUUGGUGGUCGAGCAACACUAGUAGCUCUCCAAGAUGUGACAGUGCCACCAUUGGAGGGUUGAUCCUCAUAAUAGAACAUAGCUGCUAAUACAGAGGCAGCUUUUACAGAUGCUAUAUAUAUAUAUGGAUAUGAUACUUGAACAUCAACGUUGGAUAAGUAGCUAAUUCCAAUUUAACGGAUGCUAGUCAACGUUGAGCAGUCAUAUGCUGCAGUGCUUGUAAGUUACAAUUGAAAAUAAGAUAAAAUUUCUCCAGCAAUCCAUUAUGGUUGCAAAUUCACAUA